AUGGAAAAGCAUAAGGCGAUUAUAUUCCUGUUUUUCCAUGCCCAGCUCAUAUUAUGGACGAGUUCAGCAAUGCAAACUAACCAGACUGAUCGGCUUGCUUUAAUCUACUUCAAAGACAGUGUGGAUAAGGAUUUGCUUAGAGUCUUGAGCUCAUGGAAUGACUCUUCUCAUCACUGUAAGUGGCCAGGUAUUGUAUGCGGUCGACGGCAUCCCGAAAGGGUCGUGUCCCUCAACCUGAUGUCGAAAGGCUUGGGCGGUCUUCUAUCGCCUCAUGUCGGAAACCUCUCUUUCCUUAGAAGCCUUGUUCUACAGAACAACAACUUUCGUGGCAAAAUUCCGCAAAGCAUUGGCCACUUGUUUCGCUUGCAACGUCUCAUUCUUAGUAACAACUCUUUCGAUGGACAAAUGCCCACAAAUCUUUCUCAAUGCUCAAAUCUUGAGGUUUUGAAUCUCAUUGAUAACCAACUUGUGGGUAAAAUUCCUCAUGAGCUUGGCUCUUUGUCAAAGCUUCGAGAUUUAUUUUUGGCUAAAAAUAGUCUUACAGGAUCUAUUCCUCAUUCUAUUGGAAAUCUCUCCCAACUUUUGUCUCUUUCCGUUGGACGUAAUGGGUUGCAAGGAGAGAUUCCCAAGACAUUGUCCAAGCUUCGUGGUUUAAGGAAUGUUCAACUAGCAUUUAACCAACUCACAGGCAAGAUCCCACCAGCAAUCUUCAACAUGUCCAGCAUUAUCUAUUUUAGUGCCGGUGACAACCAAUUGAGAGGGAGCAUUCCCCCUAAUAUCGGCGAUACUCUUCCUUCUCUCAGUUAUCUUGAUUUUCCUAGAAAUUUGUUUACUGGCGUUAUACCUCCGUCCUUAUCGAAUGCCUCCAACCUUCAAUACAUCUACUUUAACCAUAACAGUUUUCAUGGACCAAUGCCUGCAAAUCUUGGAAGGCUAAAAGCUCUUGAAGGAAUGUUUCUUAUGUCUAACCAGUUGCGAGAUGACUUCAGUUUUAUUACCUCAUUGACUAAUUGUUCAAUGCUGGAAAUUAUUGGGGUAGACCAUAAUUUUCUCGAGGGUCUCUUGCCGGAUUCCAUCGGCAAUCUUUCCAACAGCGUUAGACUAAUUGCUAUGUCAUCCAACGCAAUGUAUGGAACCAUUCCUCCAAGUAUUGGCAAUCUCUUCAACUUGUCUUUUCUUGGCUUGUCAAACAAUUCACUUAGCGGCCAUGUUCCUUCUUGUAUUGGAGCACUCUAUAACUUGCGCAAUUUGUACUUAAGCAUUAACAUGCUAACAGGAGAGAUCCCAUCGUCGAUCGGCAAUUUGACGUUAUUGAGUCUCCUUUACCUAUCGUUCAACAACUUCUACGGGGAAAUACCGCAAAACCUUGGUAAUUGCAAGCAGCUAAUCGAGCUUGAGCUUUCAAACAAUAAUCUAAGUGGUCCAAUCUCGAGGGAGGUUCUUAGUCUUUCCACCAUUUCGAUUAUCUUCAACUUGGCACAUAACCAAUUGAGUGGAUCUCUUCCAUCUCAAGUUGGGUCCUUGACCAAUCUCGUGGAACUAGAUCUAUCUUACAAUAAGCUGACGGGACCAAUUCCUAGCUCCAUUAACAAGUGCUUGCUAUUGGGACGGCUCAACUUAGCAGUCAAUUCCUUUCAUGGUGAAAUACCUUUGGCUUUAGGAACAUUACGAGGCUUACAAGAGUUGGAUGUUUCCCAUAAUGACUUAUUUGGUGAAAUCCCGAGCUUUCUCGCUCAACUUACGGAUCUAAAGUACUUGAAUCUAUCUUCAAACAAGCUUGAAGGAGAAGUUCCGAAGCAAGGAGUAUUUCUCAAUGCUAGUGCAGUGUUCGUCUUUGAGAAUAGGAAUCUUUGUGGAGGUAUUGCAGAACUAAACCUUCCUUCUUGCAAAUUGAAUACCUCUAAAUCAUUACGAACCAAAAAAGUUAGAGUAAUCGCCACAGUGGCGGCCAUCAUGUCAUAUUUCAUUUUGUGUCUUUGCCUAUUUAUUUUUUGGUACCUGAGAAAGAAGUCAAAAAAGAUUACAUCUUCGACUGAAUUGCCAUCUUCGACUGAAUUGCCAUUUGAACACAAAUUUUCGAUGGUCUCUUAUGAGGAGCUCUUUAAAGCCUCAGAUGGAUUCUCUGAGAUCAAUGUGAUAGGUAAAGGGAGAUAUGGUACCAUCUAUAGAGCAACUACACAGGAAGGCGGCUGGGUGGCGGUUAAAGUGCUCAACUUGGGCCAUAGAGGUGCUUCGAAGAGCUUCAUCUCGGAAUGUCGAACCUUAGGGGCCAUAAGACACCGAAAUCUCGUGAAGAUAUUGGACGUGUGCUCAAGUGUGGACUAUCACAACAACGAUUUCAAAGCUCUAUUGUAUGAAUACAUGGGUAAUGGGAGCUUAGAAAAUUGGAUACACCAACGAAACGAAGAGGACGUUGCGCAUGAACAUGGACAUGGAAAGCCAAGACACUUGGGAUUAAUGCGGAGGUUAGACAUUGCCAUUGACAUAGCUUAUGCAAUCGAAUAUCUUCACAAUAAUUGCAGCCCAAAGAUUGUACACGGAGAUCUGAAGCCGAGUAACAUCCUUUUGGACAACGAGAUGGUGGGACGAGUUGGGGAUUUUGGGAUGGCGACGAUUUGCUUUGCCGCGACAACAAAGGCCAUGGACAUUGACAACCGCAGUAGCUCAGUGGCGGUGAGGGGUUCAAUAGGUUAUGUCCCUCCUGAGUAUGGCAUGGGGGAUACGGUAUCCACACAAGGUGAUAUGUACAGCUACGGUAUUGUUUUAUUGGAAAUGUUAACUAGGAGGAGACCCACGGAAGAGGCUUUCAAGGACCAUUUAAAUCUCCACAACUUUGUCAAGGCGGCUCUGCCAAAUCGAGUGAUGGAGAUCGUGGACUCGGCCAUUUUUAAUGGAGAAAGUGAGAAUGAUAUUGAGAGGUUGAGACAUUGUGUCGCCUCCAUCUUAAGGAUUGGAGUUGCGUGUUCGAUGGAGUUGCCGCGGGAUCGGAUGGAUGUGGUGGAUGCCCUCAAAGAACUGCGUGAGACCCAGGCUAGGUAUGGAUUCAAGUAG